AUGCCGAAAACCACGUUGGAUGGGUCUUCAAAUCGCCGAGCCCUGUUCUGGCCGGAAUGGUCUGAGACUGACAUAGCAUCAGAAAAAUGGGUACAUUGCAUUCAUUUUGACUACAUGUUCUAAAAGGAUACGGUGGGGAAACGGAAAGAUGCUAAAAAGGUACUCUCCGUAAAUUAUUUUAACGUAACAAAUUUGUUGCCAGACUGCAGAGCAAAUGCCCUUAUUUGAAGAUUUCGAAGGCCAAAGCGCUUUUCCCCCAGGUCAAGUGCCUUUCCGUUUAAUUCGUGCGACCGAUUAUUUUGGCGUAAAAGUAAUAUACACAUAUUCAUACUGUCAUUCUGCUACAUAUGUAGCCCGUCAUCAAGUCAGGAAACCGAAUAAACGGCAACGAAAUUAUGCAACAAAAUGGACAUCUACUCACUUCAGCGGUAAAUUGACAAAUGUAACUUUAUUUCAGCUGUUACACUCCAUGAUUACCGACAUUAUUAUAUUGUGGAACUUUAUGAAAGUAGAAAACGAAAAAGUCAGCAGCAUGGACCGCAGACCCACCUGGGCUCCAUGGGAUCAUAUUUAUCCACAAAUUAAGUCAGGAGACAAUGCGAAGGCACCCGUUUUCAACCAAACCGGAAAAUAUGCAAUAAAAUUAUUUUGGCUUGUUCGUUAAUUUCAUUUUCCUGACACCGACCUUUGAGGGUUCGUGGCGAAAGUUGUACGUUGAUGACAUUUUGCCCCUUAACCAGCAAAAUCAACCGCUACUCCCUGUUUCUGAAAACCCCGGUGAAUUAUGGCUUUUACUGCUGACAAAGGCACUGCUUAAAGUAGCUCUUUUAAGGUAUUUAUAAGAACUUUGGUUUGUUAAAGUGAAGUGCUGAUCCUUCUGAGUCUUUUAGUACGAUUCACUCCCUCACAGGAUGGUUGCCACAGAGGAUGUUUUUAAAGUAUUGUCUUGUACCCAUAUUAUUGUAUCAUUAGAAGUUCUCCUUGGGGGACUUGGAACUAUCUAAAUGGUAUUUUGCCUUCCUGGAAAAGAGGUGAAAAUUCGCAGAAAUCAACGGCGGAACCACGAAUAUCAGAUGCAUUAAUGGAGAAGUCUGUUUCGUCGCCGUCGAAAGUGAAAUCAAAAGGUUCCAAAAUUAUAUUCUUGUGCUGCUAAUUAAACUUAAUUAAUCUGUGCUUUUUCCAGAUUCUGACCAAACAAAACCACAAGCAAUCAUAGAUGACAACCAGAAAUUAAUAGUUGCUUUUGGAAGGGAAAAAGAUUUAUCCGAGCAAAAUUUCAGGAAUGUGGUAAGUACAAAUUUCCGAUAAAGGUGUUGAAAGCCUGGUAAAAGAUAAGUGGAUUUUAGUCGUUGGGUGGGAACAACCUCCGAUUUUUGCUGCCACGAAAAACAAAUGUUAACAUUUCCUGUUUUUGAGCGUUACCUCACAGAUUGCGUGAUGAGCAUUGUUCUUAGUUGGGUUACUCCCUAUAGGAAAAUCGACUCUUAUUGAGCAGCCAAACAGGCUAAGAUUUUGAGAUAGCCCUGUGUUAUUGGCUACGACAAUGUUUGGGCUUUAUAAAGGAGACAGAUGUAACGAUGAAACAAAUGAUGCAACCCACCCAUAUUGUGACUCCCCACUGAUAGCAUUACUAGCGACGUAUGAUUAUUUAUGUAUGGCUAACAACUUUUGCACUUAGUAAACCAACAAAGCUAUAUCAGCAUAAACAUAAAAGUAAAAGUCGCAGAUAUUACGAGUAUACUGAUUUACACAAAAAAUAUGUUUUCCCCAUGUUUCUCAAAAUUUUCACGAGACUGCAUCAACUCAUACAUUACGGCUCGUUCCACCAUGACAGGCAAAAAAAGAUCGCGACCAGAUUCACGGAUUGCUCAAAGAGAAUUUUCCUAAAGCACUAGUAAAGUGCAUUAGAAAUAUACCUCUUGUUCCACCCAAUGAGGUCAAGCCUAUACCUCGUUGGAAGUCAAUUCGUCCACGGGUCGAUUUCCGUUAUGCUGAACAGCAUCCGGACAGUACUCAAGAAAAUGAACCAAUUCAAUCCCUUCUUCUUCAGUUUUGCAUUGCUCAGAGGUGA